AUGGGGUUAUUAACAAUCAUUAGAAAACAAAAGCUUAAAGAUAAAGAAAUUCGAAUCUUAACAUUAGGUUUAGAUAAUUCAGGUAAAACAACAAUCAUCAAAAAGAUUCUCAAUAAAGAUAUAAAUAAAAUAUCACCAACUAUGGGAUUUGAAAUAAAUACAAUAGAAUAUAAAAAUUAUACAUUAAAUAUAUGGGAUAUAGGAGGACAAACUACUUUAAGAUCAUUUUGGAAUAAUUAUUUUGAUAAAACUGAUUUAAUUAUUUGGGUAAUUGAUUCAUUAAGUGAAAAUAGAUUACAAGAAAGUUUUAAAGAAUUAUAUGAUAAAAUUAUAUUACAAGAUAGAUUAACUUUUGGUAUUUAUUUAUUAAUUGUUAUUAAUAAAAUUGAUUUAAUUAAAGAUAAAGAACAACUAAUGAAUUUAAAAAACAAUGUUAUGAAUAAAUUAAAACUUAAUGAAACUUUAAAUCCUAAUCAAUGGAAUAUUGAAUUAGUUAGUGGGAUUACUGGUGAAGGUAUUGAAAAUUGUUUAGAAUGGAUCAUUAGUAAAGAAUUUUGA